AAGACAUGCACCAGAAUCUGAACCAAAGAGAAUCAACAUUAAUUAAACUAGAAAUUUGUAUGAGUAUAUUUAUUGUUAUUAGUAGAGAUGUCUGAAACACGCUUUCUAGGUCGAUUAGGAAUUUGAAUCUGAAAACAGCAAAUACAACAAGUUGAUGCAUAUCUACAUUAUAAUCAGCUCAGCUAUACACUCCUUCACAGUACAUCACUUAGAACUUUUAGCAAGUAUUUGCACGCUUGUAUGUUUCUUUUUUUGGAUUGCUUUAUGUGGUAAGAUUUUCCACCAUCAGUUGUCUCAAUUGUUGGUUCCACAUGAUGAUAUUAGUAAUUAAGUUAUCAUACAAUAUAGGGAUUCGCAUUCGACUAUUUCAUGGAUUAUGAUGAAAAUAUAUACAGUUUUAUU